GCAUUUUUUCCCGUCUGCAGUCAUCCAUCGUCUUCGUGUAAAGCGCCGUACAAAGAAGGCACAUUCGCGCAGCGAGUUUUGUAGUGGACUACUCAAAAGCAAAAAUUCGGGUCGUCGAGGUAAACUCGUUCGCGUAUAAUACAUUCUCGUGCAAGUCGUGUCAGAAGGCGAGCUUUUCCCGUAUAUUUUAUUGUUCCAUCUCGUCGCCGCCGUCGUCUUCGUUUGUGUGGUGAUUUUCACGGAGAUAUUUUGUCCGCGCGCUCCGCGAUCGGGAGGUAAUUAAGUUAUCGCAAGCAGGCGAUAGCAAACAAAACUCCGCUCGCGUUCCCGAAACCCGAAAAAAGAUGGACUCGGAAAUUCCGGAACUUUCCGACGAAGCCGAAGAACAUGUCAAACUCGAAAAUGGCGAUGAGGUUGCGCUACCGCCUCGGACUCGCCUCGUUACAACCUCCGAUGUCCAAUCGGGCAACACGGUUGUACAGGUACCGGUGUCGCUACCGGUUGGAACACUUAUUGGCGGAACCACGUUCAAUGUGCUCACGCCCGAUCAGAUCCAGCACUUCAAACCGAUGAUAUGUGUGGAUAACAAUGGUUUCGUAUCGAGUGGCACCGUCGUGGGUGAUCUGAGUGGUGAUCUCAAACCAACGCAUAUCGUUAUUCAGCAACAGGGAGCAGACCAGCAGCAGCAGCAGCAAGUCAACACAGCACAGGAUGAUCUCGCGGACCAACAUCAGCACACUCAAUCGCAACAGCAGCAGCAGGAAUAUCGCAUCGAAACCAACAACAUUAUCGACCGAUUAAGUCACCUCGAUAUACUGCCAGUGCGGUGUAAAACAACGACGGGGGAACUAUACAAAAGUCGGCUCGGUUCCGGUGGGCGGGGAAAAUGUAUCAAACACAAGGAUGGAUGGUACACUCCCAGUGAGUUCGAGAAUAUUUGUGGACGGGGCUCGAGUAAAGAUUGGAAACGCUCGAUACGCUACGGAGGCCGCAGUCUGCAGGCGUUAAUCGACGAAGGCAUCCUAACACCCCACGCCACCAGCUGUACCUGCUCGGCCUGUUGUGAUGACGAUUCGGGUGAGUACAUAGCCGCAUCUGGUCCCGUUAGACUGUUCACUCCGUACAAAAGGCGGCGGCGUAAUCAAAUAGAACCUGACCAAGUGGAGAAGAAGAAACGAAUCAUUGUAAAUAAUAACACGAAUACUAGCAAUAAUAAUAUCCACAUUAACAACAUCAGCAACAGUGCUAUCAGCAAUACAAGUACCACGUCGACCACCGUAAACCAGCAGAAUACCACCGUUAGUCAUCACCAUACUGUACAGCAGCAACAGCAACAACAGCAGCAACAGCAGCAGCAGCAACAGCAACAACAGCAGCAGCAGGUUCAACAACAAGUACACCAACAACAACAUGUCCAGCAGCAGCACCACGUUCAGCAGCAAAUUCACCAAGCGACAGCCACAAUCAAUGCAACGCCAUUGAUAGGAAACAGUGCGAGCACCACAACCACCACGACCACUGUUAAGGUGGUCCAACAAGAGCAGCAAGAGAUUGAGAAUGAAUUAGCAAUCACCACCAAAGAGGAACCGUGGCAGACGCUAACAGAAGGAAUCGAAAGUGCCACAGAAUACGUCGACCAAUCGACACAGUUGAUAGCGGAAUCGAAUUUGCCAUUCGAAAAACUGAAAGCACUUUGCGCCCAGGUUUCCAAAGCGAUGCAAGAUAUGAAGAAGUGCAUCAGCGAAGCUUGCGAUACUCACAAUCGGCAGCUGGAGCGGUUGCAGCGUGAACGAGACGCUGCUAUUCUGACCGUCACACAGUUAGAGGAACAAAACAAUAUCAGUAGUCAAUUACCGCCCGGUUCGGUUCAUGCCAACAAAAAGUGCGCCAACUGCAACCGGGAAGCACUGGCGGAGUGUUCGCUCUGCCGGCGGACGCCGUACUGUUCGACCUUCUGUCAACGAAAAGACUGGAUCACUCAUCAGAACGAAUGCGUACGGAGUACGCAGGAAGCCACCCAUCAGAUCAUGCUUAUAGUGGAUGAAACUCAAUAACCUUUAAUUUUCUAAUUGCGACUGGCUCGAGGUAGAGAAGAGGAGGCUGGCACCGAGGAGCGAGGGGGAAGCUGUUGAGGAGAACCGGUGCGUAGCCUCCUUCACGAGUUGCCAUAGUUCACGAGAAGAUGAAAGCAACCGCUGCCUGCGGGUGAGAGGACACUCCGCGGUCUCUGUCGCAAUGAGGCAACGAUCACGUUACCGGGCGGACAACUGUUACAAGGAGGAAUGGUAAUCCUGUUUAACCUAUUUUUUAUAUUUAAAUAGAUUAAAUAUAUUUUUACAUAAAUGUGAAAUAUUGGAUAGAACUGGAUUCACUCACGAAGGGACUUACUACUAGUAAAUGCUAGUAGAGAUGAGGAGCUAUACUUGUUCGUAGUAGAACUUUUUUUUCAUUUUAGUAGACAAUUGAAAAAAGUACAGAUAUAUUUAAUGAGAAAAGUGUGUAUUUAAGGAUGGAAGAAAUUUGUUUACUUUAUUUAAAAGAAGUCAAUCAUGAGAAAUAAUAAGAAAUGUCAGCUGUUAAUUUGUUA